AUGGGAUUAUUUAAGUCUUCUACUGCCUUCUGGAUAGUUCAUGUACUGACAGUAUGUGCUUUGGAUCUGGAUCCUGCUCUGCAUGUGGACAUACUGAAUGAGCUGAACGUAGGAGAAUCUUUUACAGGAGUUUCCCGAGUGCAGGGCUUUCAUAAUGAUACCAGCGCCUUUCUUUUUAAAGGCACGAGGAGGAGUGUUCGGGCUUCAGCAGGAGUUGCUAAAGAGAUACUGCAGAAGCUCAGAGGCAGAGUGGAGUUCACCCUACUGAUGACUCUCAAACAGGACAGAUUCAACUCGGGUGUGUUGCUGUCCAUCCAUCAUGGAGAGCAGAGGUACUUGGAGCUGGAGAGCUGUGGACAGCGCAGUGAAAUCCGGCUGCAUUAUUGGACGUCAGAGCAGAAAAACCACACUGAGGUUUUCCCCUACAGUCUGGCAGAUGCACGCUGGCACCAAGUGGCCCUGUCACUUAGCGGCACUGAGCUGGUUCUUUACGUGGACUGUAGCAGAAUUUAUGAGAGGAUUGUGGAGACUCCAUCCAUGGACAUUCCUGCAGGCACAACUGUGUGGCUCGGGCAAAGAAAUAAUGCCCAUGGCUUCUUUAAGGGUGGGAUGCAGGACGUGGAGUUACUGCUCGUGCCUCAGGGAUACGUCUCACAGUGCCCGGAUCUCAACCGGACUUGUCCCACCUGUAACGAUUUCCACAGUCUGGUGCAAAAAAUCAUGGAGCUGCAGGACAUUUUGGCCAAAACAUCUGGCAAGCUGAUCCGUGCAGAGGAGAGGAUGAAGGCUUUGGAUGGCUGCUACUGUGAAAGGACUUGCUCUCUUAAUGAAGAGACCUACAGAGAUGAUGAUGUCUGGAUAGAUGGAUGCAGAAAUUGCACAUGUUUGAAUGGUACUGUUGAAUGUGAGAGCAUCCACUGUCCAACACCUCAGUGUCCUCCAGAUACUGCACCCGCCUACAUUCAAGGAGCUUGCUGUAAAGAGUGUCAGCCUGUGUGUACUUUUAGGGGGAGGGUGUAUGUGGAGGGGGAACGGAGGAGUGUACAUGACUCUACAGGGAACUGCCUGCUUUAUGAGUGCAGAGAUCGUAGCAUGCGAAGAGUUGAGAGCACUUCAUGUCCAGAGAUCAACUGCCCUGAAUCAGAACAGAUUACACUUACAGACCGCUGCUGCAAAGUGUGUCGAGGGCAUGAUUUCUGUUUGGAGGGCUACAGCAGCACCUGUGUGGAGAAUUCAGACUGUGUGAAUCUUGAAGCAGGGGCCUACUGUAGCUGCAGAGAUGGCUACCGGGCAAUAAGAGAUGAUAGCGCAUACUGCCAAGAUAUUGAUGAGUGUGCUGAAGGAAAGCACUACUGCAGAGAGAACACCAUGUGUGUGAACACACCAGGAUCCUUCAUGUGUGUGUGUUACACCGGCUACUUUCGCAUUGAUGAUUAUUCCUGCACUGAGCAUGAUGAGUGUAUCAGUAGAGUGCACAACUGUGAUGAGAACGCACUGUGCUUCAAUACAGUGGGAGGACACAGCUGCACCUGCAAACCAGGAUACCUGGGUAAUGGGACCAUUUGCAAAGCACAGUGUGAUAAUCUAUGUCAGAAUGCAGGAUCCUGUGUGGCAGCAGACACUUGCAUCUGUCAGCAAGGCUUUACUGGGAGAAGAUGUGAAACAGACAUUGAUGAGUGUUCAGAUGGCUUCGUAGAGUGUGACAGUCGAGCCAUCUGUGUGAACCUACCAGGCUGGUAUCACUGUGAAUGCCGUGAUGGCUAUCAUGACAACGGAAUUUUUUCAUCUAAUGGGGACUCAUGUGAAGACAUUGAUGAAUGUGAGACAGGAAGGCACAACUGUGCUAAUGACACAGUGUGUUUUAACAUGGAUGGUGGCUAUGACUGCAGAUGUCCUCAUGGGAAAAACUGCACAGGAGACUGUGUUCAUGAGGGCAAGGUGAAGCAUAAUCGACAGAUAUGGGUUCUGGAAGAUGACAGGUGCUCUGUCUGCUCCUGCCAGUCUGGUCUGGUGAUGUGCAGGCGGAUGGUGUGUGACUGUGAGAAUCCCACAGUGGACGUGUCCUGCUGUCCUGAAUGUGAUCCACGUCUCAGCUCUCAGUGUCUGCACCAUAACGGGCUUGUGACUUACAACAGUGGUGACACAUGGGUCGAGAACUGCCAGCAGUGCCAGUGCAUUCAUGGUGAAGUGGACUGCUGGCCGAUGUCCUGUGCUCCUGUGACCGACUGUGAAUACCUGGCAGUGCCUGAGGGUGAGUGCUGCCCCCGCUGCAUGUCUGACCCAUGCCAAGCCGACACAAUAUACAACGACAUCACUAAAACAUGCAUGGAUGAGUAUGGAAUCACACGCCUGGGUGGCUCUACCUGGACAAAGCACGGCGCAAUGUGCUCCCUCUGUCAGUGCAAGAAUGGUCAUGUUUGCUGUUCUGUGGAUCCUCUGUGCCACUAGCACUACUCAAACGGCAAUACUCUGUCUCACUGCCCGUCUUAUUCCAUCUGUUUUCCUUGUCUUUCACUGCUUCUUGCUAAAUCUGUUUCUUUGUUUCUCUUCUUUUCUUGUACAGUUUCAUUUACCACCAGCAGAAUGUUUUACCGAGUCAUAUGUACUAUCCUAUGACACUUAUGUAGA